ACCGCCACCCGUCUCUGCCGGUCUCCACACUUUGACGCCGCUAUUGUCUCCGUCGUCGCCGCCGCAGCCGUUGUCCCCGCCACCGCCGUCGUCGUCUCCGCCGCCUGCUCCCUCCGCCGGAGGGCCUGCUAGGGCGCGCGCCAACUUCCGCCGCCGGCGGAUGCCGCUGUUAGGCCGUCGGGUGUUACGUGAUGUGACUGCUUCGCCGCACAGGGUGUCGUACACGUCGGUGCUGACCAUCGUGGCGUUCUCCACGGAGCGCUACCUGGCCAUCUGCCACCCGCUGUACGCCUACAGCAUGAAGGGGCUGCGGCGCGCGCUGCUCGUCAUCGGCUCCAUCUGGCUGGUGGCGUUGGGCGCGGCCGCCCCCUUCGGCGCGUACACCAAGGUCUCCUACUUGGAGUUCCCGCCAGGGUCGGGCCGGCUGGUGGCCGACUCGGCGUUCUGCGCCAUGCUGCAGGAGGACGUGCCCGACAGCUACCCUGUGUACGAGCUGUCCAUGCUGUUCUUCUUCCUGCUGCCGAUGGUGGCGCUGGUGGUGCUGUACACGCGCAUGGCGGCGGCGCUGUGGUGGCCCGCGCGCAGGGGCCACGCACUGCGCGGCGCGGUGCACCAGCGCAGUGGCAGCGGCGGCAGCGCCGGCCGCCGCUCCGUCGUCAAGAUGCUCGGUGAGGCGCGCCGCCGGGCAAUGCGGGCCUGCUCUCAGGCUGGGGAUUUUGCGGUUGUGAUAAAUAUCAAUUACUGGAUUUAUUCUCUGAUACUUUACGAUAGUUGA